GCUUCCAUUGCAGGGACGCUAGGAACUGCAAGCAAUCUCGAUGAAUCCGAAAGAAUGAUGAAGUCCUCUGUACAUACAGAAGAGGAUGACUUUGUUCCAGAGCUUCAGAGAAGCAUUCAUCCCCGAGAGAGGCCGGAUUGGGAAGAGACUCUCAGUGCUAUGGCGAGAGGUGCAGAUAUCCCUGAGAUUCCAGGGGAGCUGCCACUUCGGACGUGCAGCAGCACAGCGAGCAUGAAAAUGAAGAAUGUGAAAAAAUCCAUCAACCCGGAACUGAUGGGCUGUGAUGCCUUUCACAGGUUAUCCUUUACCAAGGGCCACUUUCCGAAGAUGGCAGAGUGUGCACAUUUCCAUUAUGAGAAUGUGGACUUUGGCAACAUACAGCUUUCACUCCCGGAGGAACAGAAUGAAGUAACAAGGAACGGCUGUGAAUCCAAGGAACUGGUCUACCUUGUGCAAAUCUCUUGUCAGGGCAAGAGCUGGAUUGUGAAGCGGAGUUAUGAAGAUUUCAGAGUACUCGAUAAACAUCUCCACCUAUGUAUCUAUGAUCGGCGUUUCUCUCAGCUCUCAGAGCUACCUCGCUCCGAUGCCCUGAAGGACAGUCCAGAGCUUGUCACCCAGAUGCUGAUGGCUUACCUGUCAAGGCUCUCAGCCAUCGCAGGCAACAAGAUCAACUGUGGGCCUGCCCUCACAUGGAUGGAGAUUGAUAACAAGGGGAAUCACCUGCUAGUCCAUGAAGAAUCAUCCAUUAACGUGCCUGCCAUUGCGGCUGCCCAUGUUAUUAAGAGAUACAUUGCUCAGGCAGCAGAUGAACUGUCCUUUGAGGUGGGAGACAUUGUGUCCGUUAUUGACAUGCCGCCAAAGGAGCUGACCACAUGGUGGAGGGGCAAACAUGGAUUUCAGGUGGGAUUCUUUCCGAGUGAGUGUGUUGAGCUAAUUAAUGACAAAGUUCCUCAAUCUAUGACCAACUCUGUGCCAAAACCAGUAUCCCCUGCCCACGGAGCCCGUCCAGCGUCUUGGAACUACUUCCCCCCUUAUUUGGAGAUGGCUAGUAUAAAGCCAAGUUCUGCAUGUGUCACAGAGGCUCUGAACCAGUCCCAGCUGAGCUCAGUGUCAAAAAAACACGGCAAGCUCAUCACUUUCCUGCGAACAUUCAUGAAGUCACGCCCAACGAAACAGAAACUGAAGCAACGCGGGAUCCUGAAAGAGAGGGUGUUUGGGUGCGACCUGGGAGAGCAUCUCCUCAACUCCGGCCAUGAUGUCCCCCAGGUCCUCAAGAGCUGCACUGAAUUCAUUGAGAAACACGGCAUUGUGGAUGGAAUAUACCGCCUGUCGGGAAUUGCGUCAAAUAUCCAGAAGCUACGCCACGAGUUUGACUCGGAGCAGAUCCCCGACUUGACUAAAGAUGUUUACAUUCAAGAUAUCCACUGUGUGGGCUCCCUCUGUAAGCUCUACUUCCGCGAGCUCCCCAACCCCCUGCUCACAUAUCAGCUGUACGAGAAGUUCUCAGAUGCUGUGUCCGCUGCUACAGAUGAAGAGCGAUUGGUUAAAAUUCAUGAUGUCAUCCAGCAACUACCCCCACCGCACUACAGGACACUGGAGUUCCUAAUGAGGCACUUGGCUCAUCUAGCUGAUUACUGCUCCAUCACAAAUAUGCAUACCAAGAACUUAGCAAUUGUCUGGGCACCAAACCUACUAAGAUCGAAACAGAUAGAGUCUGCCUGUUUCAGUGGAACAGCUGCCUUCAUGGAGGUCCGAAUCCAGUCGGUGGUGGUGGAAUUCAUCCUGAAUCACGUUGAUGUCCUCUUCAGCUCCAAACUCAGCUCAGUCAUACGAGAUGGGGCAGGUCACACUUCCUUAUCACGCCCCAAAUCACUGCUGGUGUCCUCACCCUCAACUAAGCUGCUCACCCUGGAGGAGGCACAAGCAAGGACGCAAGCCCAGAUCAACUCCCCUAUAGUGGCAGACAGUAAAUACAUUGAAGUGGGAGAAGGCCCUGCUGCAUUACAGGGGAAAUUCCACACCGUCAUAGACUUUCCAUCUGAAAGAAAAAGACCGCCCAGCAAGAUGAAGAAAUCCCCUGUUGGCAGUUGGCGCUCCUUCUUCAACCUGGGAAAAUCCUCUUCUGUCUCCAAGCGGAAACUGCAGCGCAAUCCAAGUGAGCCCUCCGAAAUGAAAGCCAUAGCGCUGGCAGGUGGGAGAGGAGAUAGCGGGACCCUGCGCUCAGCUAAAAGUGAAGAGUCUCUCACUUCCCUGCAUGCUGUUGAUGGUGAAUCUAAACUGUUCCGGCCUAGAAGACCCAGGUCCAGUAGCGAUGCACUGUCUGCUUCCUUCAAUGGGGAGCUCCUGGGGACCAUGAACCGCUGCAAUUCUUAUGAUAACCUGCCCCAUGACAAUGAGAGCGAUGGGGACGAGGGGCUGAUUCAUGUUCCUGCCCUCAUCUCUCCUAGGUCAGCAGAAGAUGUUGACCUGAGCCCACCGGAUAUUGGAGUAGCUAGCCUGGAUUUUGAUCCUAUGUCUUUUCAGUGCAGUCCACCCAAGACAGAGUCUGAGUGCCUGGAUAGCAGCAUCUCUCUGUUGGAGUCCAUGGGUUUUAACAAGGACAAGCCAAGCGUAGCUAAGACAGACUUGGAGUCUGGUAGCCAAAGUCAGACCCCUGGCAGUGCCACAAGCUCUGAACCAGUGUCCCCCUUCCAAGAGAAAAUGAGUCCCUUCUUUACUCUGGACCUGAGCCCAACUGAGGAGAAGGCAUCCAAAACCCACUCCUUCUCGGAGAAGGUUACCCAUGCCUUCUCACCUAAGACAGGGCGAAAGCCAAUCAAGUCUCCCCUGGUGACUAUAUCAGAGCCAGUCUCUUUGACGCUGCCCAGACAAGCAUGCGAAGGGAUGCCUACUGCUGCGGGGAGUACGGCUUCUUCAACCUGGAGCAAAAGCAUCAACGAAGCCACAAACAGGUCCCCAACACAGAGGAUGUCUUUGCCCCUGAAAGCCAGCGAGAUGGCAGCAGGUGAGGGAUGCCACCAAGAGGCCCAGACCCAGCUGACUGCUGCCAAGCCAGAGUUGCAAGAAGAAGGGGAGCGGCCCAUGCCAAGCGGCCAGAAUAAGACUGUACCUUCUGGACCCACUCAGCCAGGAGCAGUUGCCCUCGACUCCCCCCAGGAUCCUGUUCCUGUCACUUCUGUGUCUCUUGUCCCUCCUCCUCCUCCGAAAAAUGCAGCACGCAUGCUGGCCUUAGCGUUAGCUGAGUCCGCACAGCAAGCAUCUACUCAAUCCCAGAAGAAGCCAGGAGAUGCUCAUUCUGACUGUACAAAUUACGGAGAGACUGACAUUGGUAUAGCUAUAGAAAAGGUCCACGUCUCUGCUGGGGCUGCUCCAGACAAGCUCCAUCUGUGUACUGGUGUUCCCGAGAACCAAAUCCACUUCCAGAGCGGGGCACCUGGCGAUCAAUUCCAGAGUGGGGCACCUGUAGACCAGGACCUCACUAGGACACCCGGAGACUGCAAUCAUCUACACAGUAGUACACCUGGAAACAGGGACCAGCCCCAUCUGCAUACUGGCAUGCCUGGGGACCUGCAUAGUGGCACAAAGGUGGAUUGGAACCACUCCAACUUCCAUACUGGAACAGUGGGGGACAAGGACCACUUCCCCUUCCAUCCAGGUGGCCCUGGAGAUUGGGCGCACACUCCUCUCUAUACAGGUACUUUGCUUGGCCAGGAACCAUCCACAACAGAUGUGCCUAUAGACAAGCCACACCUCCAUACUUGCAUAUCUAUGGAUAAGUAUCACAUCCCUGCAGAGAAGCUUCAUCUCCCUGCCAGCACAGUUGAUGACAAACUCCAGCCUCCUCCUGUAGGUGCCAGGGAGAAAACCGCCAUGGCUACAAUGACAUUCAUGACAACUAUCCAGACAUCAGCAACUGAGAUGAGUCAUGGAACAGCAGGUCAGCACACGACCCCUGAACCCACCGCUCAGGCAGAUGUUACUGUCACAGCUGCUCAGCGCAUUCUUAUGACCAGUUCCCUAGCACCAUCUCAGAGACAAGCAGACCAUCAGCCAGCCAUGGGACAAGCUCCAGCCGUAGCCACCAGAGGAUCAAGUAGUUCCAACCAGGUACGAGGAGCACUGCCUCCAGAGAAGCCGCCUGAGUCUCGACUAGCGGAGCCUGCUCCAGUUUCUGUCACUGAAAGUAGCUCCACUAUCCGCUGUACCUCAUCCACUGCUGCGUCCCACCAGGGCCAUUUGGAAAAGUCCUGGGAGAACGUCAGGGCUCCCUCUUUGCACCUGCGUUCCGAAUCGGUCCCCACACACUCCUCCUAUGGCUUUGCACCCCCCAUCCCGCCCGUGAGAACGCUGGAAAGUAAGAUAGCUGCAGCCAUGCACUCCAACAGUGUGGAUGCAGUGAAUACCUCCAGUUACCAUUCCUUCCUGGCUUCCUCCAUUCUGCCAUCGUCUGGGGAGGAGGCUUUGCCCCCGCCACCACCGCCCAAGCACGUCUCUCUGCAGUCUGCAUAUCUGCCCCAUCCCAAGCCAGAGAGCACCCCUGAGCUGCCCAUGCCAGAGAACUAUCUGCACCACAAGCCAGCAUCCGUCCAUCAGUACAGGCCGGAGAGCGUCCCGCCACAUCUCUCCUACCACGGCAAGUCCGACCAGCACCAAGCUUACGCCUCCAGGCCAGAAACACCCACUUCCAUGGGCCCCCGCUACACCGCCUACACCAGCCAAGGGAAGAAUACGUCAGCCCAUCACUCCAAGCCUCGCAGCCGCGUGGAGUAUGCAUCUUCCAUGAGCCCUACCACCCUGCGGAGCACCGGGUACGCUGAGGAGGCUCCACCCUACCCCACCAUCCGCAGGGUGCAGUCACUGCAUGUUUCCACCCCUUCCACCAUCCGCUCUGUCCCCAUUUCGCGGACAGAGGUGCCUCCCGAUGACGAGCCCGUGUACUGCCCGCGGCCCCUUUAUCAGUAUAAGCCAUGCCAGCCCCACUCAGAUUAUCACGUCACUCAGCUACAGCCUUACUUCGAGAAUGGGCGUGUGCAUUACAGGUAUAGCCCUUAUUCCAGCUCGUCUGGCUCCUCCUAUUACCCCACAGCAGCAGACGGGGGGUUUUAUGACCUGGACCCUUACAGCACAAUGCGGCUCAGGCAUUUCCACCCCCUUCCUAGCCGAGACUUUGCAUCCUACACCUCCAGGCUGCAAAGUAAGAAUCUGUACCGCCAUCCCGGCCUGCCUGCCUAUCCUCGGGGAGGCCUGAUGAGCCACCUGGCAGGAAAAGAGCACAGCUUUAUCAGCAGAGAUGUGCCCCCAGUCCCGGACAUCAAGCACACAUACAUGUCAUGGGAUCUGGAGGACAUGGAGAAAUACCGCCUUCAGUCCAUCCGCCGGGAGAGCCGCUCACGCCAGAAAGUGAAAGGGCCAGUGAUGUCUCAGUACGACAACGUGGCACCUCUGCUGCAGGAGGAGCUGGGGGGGGUGGACAUCAUCCAUCUCCGCAGCAAAUCGGAUCCUGGGAAAACUGGUCUCCUGACUGUAGCCGAAGGGAAAGAAGGGAGGUAUCCAACCAAGGCAGCAACCCCUGAAGGGGACGAACGUUACUAUCUGCAGCACUCCGAGCUGGAGCCAGACAGAACCCAUUACCAUGGGGCCUAUGGGAAUGGGCAGUCAGAGAAGCCUUCCCUUCCCCAAAAGCAGAGCAGCAUCAGGAGCAGAAAGCUGCACGAGCCAGAGCACAGGGGACACCUGCAGCAGGAAGCAAGCCAUCGGCAGCCUUCGGAAUCCAAUAACGGGCCCCAUUACCCAGACUACAGGCCAAAGGGUGCCCAGGAACCCAUGGAGCAUAUUGGUUUCCAGCACUCGGGUGGGAAGUACGUCACAGCCGGCCAGGAGGCCCUGCGACCUAACCACAAGGAGGCAAAGCUGGCAGAGGACCGGCCAGACUUGGAAAGGCCUCGAGCCAGGCAAACAGGCCCUGGCGAGAAACACACCAGAGACUGCUAUAAUAAAGAGGAGGAGCACCACGUCCAACCCAUGGCGCCGCCUCCCAAACCAGAACGGAGCCACAGCCUCAGAAUCCGGCAUCCGGAGAACAUGGACAGGGACCCUGGCCUCCUGUACCCAUACCAAACCCUUGGCAAACGCCAAAGCAGUAUGACAGUGGUGUCCCAGUAUGAUAAUUUGGAGGAUUACCAUACCAUGCCUCAGCACCAAAGAGGGGGCUAUCUUGGAGGAGGGGCGUUCGUGCCCCCUGGCUUUCCCCAUUCACACAGUAGGACAUAUGCCACAGCAUUGGGCCAAGGGGCCUUCCUUCCUACAGAGCUGUGUUUGCAGAGGCCGGAAACAGAGAUCCAUGCCGAGUGAGCAGGGGGAAGGAGGGAUAGAGCCUAAGCAGCCUCUGCUGGACAGUGGACUGUUCUAUUUUUUCAAUGACAAAAUUAAAAAAAACAACCCCACCCCCCUGAGCAAAGCAAUCCCAUCUCAACCCUGCCACCAGCUCACCACUCAAUGUUUGUCCUAGGUGUAUAGUUUUCUUUCGUGUUGUUUGAAGGUUGGAAUAAUCGCACAGGCUGUGUUGGCAUGUGGAAAGAUGAGCCAGGACCCAGAGAGGCAGAGCAGAUCUGAAAGAGGCAUGGUGGGGAGGGGAAAAAGGGGAGUUGCUUCCCCUGGUUUGACAUGGGCUGGUGGUUGCAGACAGCUCCUGUUGGCAUAUCCAGUCACUCUCCCAAUUGCCAACCUCAGAGGAGUUGCAUGGAUAGGUUUUACCCUUUGAAUGAGAUGCCGUUGGGGAGUCUCUGUCCUGACCCUUUCAGAUUGAAUCAGUAACACACCACAAGCUGUAGAGUAAGGACAGCUUCAAAGUGUUUGGUGCUCUGCAUCCCCUUGAAAAUUGUAUAGGGAUAGACUGGGCCUAAUCCAGUUCCCACUGAAGUGGGAGGGAGGUUGGCCGCAAGCCAGGUCUCAGAGCUGUUACAGAAAAACAUUGAACAAGCAUCUUCUAGCUUGAGAAGGGAUUUAUACUGAAACUCAAGCGUUCACCCUCACACUGAUACAAUAAAUGGAGACAGGUUUUGAAAGUGAAGUAAACUAGGGCAGCACUUCUACCUUUGAAAGUAAAAAAAACCCACCCUCUCCCAUGCUGCACACACUCUUGGGCACAGGUGAUUGAGCAGCAUACACAUUUCAUUCUAAUUCCUCUUUACUUACAGGCUACCAGCUAUUUAAUUGCACUGUCCUAGCUGGCCAGAAACGACCCUCUAUUUGCAAUGUCACUAGAUGAUUGUGUCCAGCUUGUAAACUAGAGCACAGGUUCCCUGCUGGGAGCGACUUGCAUAACCACCAGCUUAGCUGCAUGACCAUAGAGUUGCUCUGGGCCAAAUAACUCAGUACUUACUUCAGGGAAAACUCCCGUUGACUUUCAUGUGUGGCCUACAGGAUGAGGCUCUCUUUUUAGUACUGUCUCACUCAUGAGAUCACAGUGAGUUGCUGUAGGUACAGAGCAGUUACGUAUUAUGUGCUGUGCGUGCUAUGAAAUAGCAUUGCCUCCCUUACUGCAAGUGUUGUUCACACCAGGAUUCAGUCAUUGGGGCGGGGUGAAGGGAUGGGACAAUGCAUCUCUUUAUAACACACCCCUGCUGUUGCCCUGCCCAUUUAAAAUGCUCUCCGUACUUCAUAGAAACAAGUUAGCGUUUCAUCUGCAGCCUCUCUGGAUUCACAGCCAUUUUAAUCCCACUUUAAAGCACAUACGUUUUAUGAGACAGGGCUUCCUAGAAAAUACUUGUGAUUUAGCAUUUAAAAUCUUCAGAGUUCACCCAUGCUAUGGGGACCUUGUAUGUACUGUUGGAUCACACAACUUCUCUACCUGUUUUGAAAUUCAGAGAGUUUACUUAAAGAAAGCAUCUGAGAAGUUCUCUUAGCUGAAAGUCCUUCAGCUGACAUAGCUAAGAUUAUUAAAAUGAACUCAUGUCAAAGCCUCCUAGAACAAGUGUUUUAUUCAUUGCUAUUUUUGACUUUUAAAGUAAUCGUAAAAACCUGUCAGUGCUCACAAGGGAACAACACACUUCUAGUAGGUACCUAGUCAUUAGCAGUUUGGUUCUUUUAAUCUCAGCCUUUUCUGGGUCUGUUUCAACUAGGAUAGCGUAUGGUCUGAUUUUAUUGUGCAAUGCAUUGUUUUAAAAAGAAUUUGUUUAAUAUAGAGAGUUUUUCCUAAAUGUUAUGGAAAUAAAUUUAGCUGUCAGGAAAAAAGCACUGUGAUCCAGGUUACCUCAAUAUCAUUCGCCUUGUGACUAACUAGAGGGUGUGUUCUGUUUUUCUGGGGUAUUUUUGGAUGGGGUGGGGUGUGAAAGGAUAAAGCACGAAAGGGCUGUUAGCUGAAAACACAGAGCCGCUUAGGGGACCAGCCAUUCUCUCUGGGCUACUAGCCAAUUCUGCUAGUAAACCUGGUUUUCCUGAUACAAUCUGUCCAGGGGAGUCUAGCUACAGUACUCAGUCAAGCUAUGUUUAGAGACUAGUAUUGGAACUUAGCACUUCAUCUCCCCUCUGCUGCUCCAGAGUGUCAGCCUCCCUUGUUCUGGAUUUGGGGCAGGAACAAAAACUCAUUGGUUAGGAUUGAGGUGACAAGGAGAGCCUGUCAAACCUCUCUCUCUCUCUCCCUCAAUGCCUUAAUUUUCCCUCCAACCUCUCUGUAUUGGCCUUAAGUUACCCAAAGAAUCCUCCCUAUGAGACAGCUGAGCUGAGCUCCCUCGAACACUGAACAUCUCUGCUCAUUUGCCUGCUCUUGUUGCCUAUAUGGAAGCUGGCCUGCUCCUAUAGGGCAUAAGCCCCAUCUCUCAACUAUUUCACUCCUUACGAGUAGUAGCAGCAAGAGACAGAGCCUGGGAUCUCCGCCUGCUCCAUUGUUCACUGCAUGACAGUCCGCACAGCCCCCUACCAUCAUUGGUUUCUGUGAAGUCAAGGCCCCUCAGCACCAUACAGGAAUGGCCCCGUAAGUGAACAACCGACCCCAUCAUUAAAGCCUUGUCUACACAUGAAAAUUAAUCUGGAAUAAGGCAGGGUGUAACUUUAGAGCAGACUAGCUAUUCCUGAUUCAGCUCCAUGGAUGGAUGCUCAUAUACCAGAAUAAGAGUGCUUUAUUCCAAAUCAGAUUAAUCCCUGGAUUAAACUAACUCAGGCGUUCUUAUUCUGGAAUAAGAGCAUCCACGCACGGAGUUAGUCUGAAUGCAAUCUUUCCUGACUAACUCCCUGUGUAGACAGAGGGAUUAAUGGCUUCACAUCUCUCUGAUAACAGCCCUCUUAGAGAUCAAGGAUCUUUCUUUUUUUGUUCCAGCAUGAGCCAUUCAUUCAGCCUCUUCCCGUUAAUGCACUUGGGAACAGUUUAUCCCUAGUUUCCUCCCGUGCCGAGCCUUCCACCAUGCGAUUGGAGGGCCAGCAGCCCUGUAAGAACCCAACCAGUAACUCUACUCCAGUGUUAGGGCAGGUGCCCUAAGGAAGGGGUGAGACUAGAGCAGCAAGCAAGGAACAGGAACCCUUCACAGGCACUCCACUGCUAACAGCUGCUAAUAUUUUGAAUCUUGUUUUUCUCUUAAAGCCAUAUAGUGAACUAUGCAGUUCUGCUCUUGUACUGUGGUUAAAUUUUGGAAUUUGAUGGCCCUUAGAGAAAUGGUCCCACCCCAUUCAUUAGAUUAUACACCCAACAGUGUCCAUUUUUCAGGAAAGUGGACCACUGCAGAGGGGGUGGGAAUGACCCCAGGUCAUUCAAGAACAAUAGACAUGAGCUCUAGAGUCUCCGGUGGCCCUUGGCCAAGUAGUUGUUGGGUAUGAUGCACAAUAUGGCAUGUUAGGGGCGUUAUUUAGAAGUCCCAUCAGUGAAUGGGGCAGGGAGAGGAGACCCCUGCUGGGAACAAAAAUUAGGUUGAUAAUAUACCAACUAUGUGCCAGGUUCUGUUAAUCUGUAGUAGCCUAUUGUCUAAGUAUAACCUCACUAAGAAUACAUGAGCAGUAGCAGACUUGGCAAGUUUCCUAUACCUAUAUCACUGCCUGCCUGCCUGCCUGCCUCUUCAUUGCCACUUGCUGAGUUUUCAGCUUAAUUUCUCAUUGCCAUGUGAGAGAGUUUGGGCCCAAAUCUGUUCUGGGAGUGGUAUAGAGAUCUCUGGAUUUACACCUGCAACUCAGAGCAAAAUGUGGCGCGUAAAGAAAACUCUCCAUGACUACAGAUGUUGAGAUCACAACCAAGGUGUGGGCCCUGUCACAUCUACUUCAGUUCUAAUUUUAAAAUAUCUGAUCAGGUUUAAACUUUAUGCAUAUGAUAGUAAAAACGUUGUGCCUACAGGUCUUUACAGAGGUAAUAGGCUUGUGCUUAUCACUUGGGGGGGGAGGGGAAGAUAUCAGUGAGGAUUGCACAGGUGUAGCAAAUUGCUACACAAAACCAAAACAAAACUUGAAAAAUGUAUUGUUCCCUUUAACUUUAAAAGGAACAGACCCUUGUGUGUAGUCUUUACCAUUCAUCUCAUUGGUAUGUAGAGAAAGCAUUGACUGAAAGUUUGUAAUGUACUAGAAAAUCGGAAUGAAAAAUUGCAUUGAACUUUUUAUUUUUUAAAGGGCCUGUGAUACUUUUCCAGAACCGUGUGCUACAGAAGUCUGAUACCACAGACAUGGUGUAGUUUAAAGAGGUGUACACAGUAACCCCAGUACAUGCAACCAUUCUUGCAAAAAACAACACGAAUGGUGAUUUUUGCAGUUCAUUUUCUUGCUGUAAAAAUGUGACCCUUUUUGCCCUAAGCCGCACGAGAGAAAUCCCAGAAAGCCUUAGGAUUACCUUCAGCGUUCCCUUCACUUUAAUUUAUAGAGUGUCUUAUUUUCAUGUUUGGGUGUUUUGUUUUGGGUUUGGGUUUUUUGUGUGUGAGAGAACUGGUGUAAAAUGUAUAUGCUGACAAGCUCAUGUAUUUUUAUGUAAAUAUUUUUGUGGUUUUCCCAGUCCUGCUCUGUAAAUAUUUAGAUUCUCAUUUUCUUCCCACUUUGUAUGAUGCGGAUGUGGUUUUGUUUUCUGUUUUUAUUUGUACUGUAAUGCAAUGAUGCAGACCGAGGUGUCUUGUGGUAUUUAAAAAACAAAGUCAGCAGUCCCACAGUGCUCACAUUCAGAUGUACGACUCAACAGCAUUAAUUGAGCCUGGUUAAAACCACCUCCUUUGCAUUCGUGUGUGUGUUUGUGCCUCGGCCAGAUUAAAUAACAAUAUACUGAAAAGAGCUGGGGCAUGGAGAAACUAGUUUAGAACCAUGAGGUUGUGGGCCAGAUACCUCGAAAGACGAGAGAGGUGAUGAGUGCUGUAUUUAUGUGCCAAGCCUAUUGCAAAUUGCUGCCUGUCAGUCCGUCCCAGCGCUUAUCUGUUCAAUUACACCUGUGGCAUAACUGUUCUGAAAAGAAAAAAUAAACCAACCUUGGCUUUCCUAGUCUCCUUUUCUUCUCAUCCAGAAUUACUAGGCAAGGAGCAAUGCUGCAGGAA